AUGGAGACUAGUAUGCCAGCAGAAGAUCCUCCACAGACUGGUCUUGUAGCAGCGAGGGAUCCACCAGUGGACCUGGAGGCUUGGCGGCGGAUGUUCUGGAUUUGCGGAGGCUGUCCUUUGCGUCGAUAUGGUUCAGCUGGGGACGGCGGGUACCUUCUGUGUGACCUGCAAGACAGGAAUUCAACAAUGACGCCGGCUUAUUCCUACGGAAUUGAUGGCCGGGACGAUUGGGGCCAAGAGGUUGCUGCACGAACUGGGGCUAGAUUGUUUCAAUUUGACUGCUUCAACACAACAGGGACCGAGUGCCGGAGUCAGGACAUGAUGUGUCCACCUACAAAGUUUCGAGCAGAGUGCUUGGGCGUUCCUGGUUGCUCGUUCGAUUUACCUUCUGGAUCACUGCAAGAACAUUUUUGGAGGAAUCAUGUCCGGGGAUUCCAUCCUUCUGCUGUUGCAGACCGCAGCCUGCUACUGAAGGCGGAUAUCGAGGGCUUCGAGUGGGAUGUGUUCGCAACAGCCGAGCCGCAACUGCUGCGAAAAUUCUCUCAGAUUGUCGUCGAGUUUCAUUUCCCUUUUCUACGGAUCCCAAUCCCCGAGAGCUUCCAUGUUGUGCACCAGAAGGCUUUGAAGAAUCUCCUCUCCCUCUUCGUGGUGGUGCACGUUCAUCCCAAUCCUAUUUGCCGGGAUCCUGAGCUUGGAACUUGCAUUGAGGUGACCUUCGCAGAGCCGAGACUGGUGAACCGACACAGCUGCCGGCCGCCCCGCGCUAAUCAUCUGGAUGAGAGGAGCGUGGACGAAGAGAACCUGGACCUUUGGUCCAUCUUCCGAGAACCCUGA